UAGCCCUUCUUGCAUUGGAAAGUGUGCAAUGUCCAUGUGACCGACGGCCGCAAACAGACUAUAAACGCUUGUUUUUUUGGUGGCAUACAUUUACAGCUGAAAAUGGUGAAAGCUGGGAAGCUACGUUCUGGUACAGCACAGAAGCUAAAACGCUGGAAAAAGGGACACAGCAGCGACUCUAACCCGGAGACAAGCCGCUACAGACAGGCAGCGAGAAGCCGGUUCUUCAGUCGCCCCUCAGCGAGAAGUGACCUGACAGUUGACGCCCUUAAGCUCCACAAUGACCUGCAGUCCGGUCCCCUGGAGCACAAGGAGUCUAAAGAUGACACUCCCUUGGAGGUGGAUGAGCCAGCACUCACCGAGCGAACCUCGGCCACCUUCCUGAGUGGCCUGUCUGACUGCUCGAACCUGACCUUCAGCAAAGUGCAGCGCUAUUGGGAGUCCAACUCUGCAUCUCACAAGGAGAUUUGUGCAGUGCUAGCUGCUGUAACAGAAGUGAUUCGAUCCCAAGGUGGAAAGGAGACAGAGACUGAAUAUUUUGCUGCUUUGAUGACCACGCUAGAAGUUGUGGAAUCCAGUGAAUCAGUGGGUGCCGUGGCUUACCUUCUCAACCUCGUGCUAAAGCGAGUUCCCAGCCCAGUUUUAAACCUGAAGUUUUCAGACACAUCAAAGGUCUUCAUGAACAUCAUGUCCUCUCAAGCCAGUUCAGAAUCCCCCUCUGCCCUGCGCUGGAUCCUCUCCUGCUUGGCAAAUCUGCUUCGGAAACAGGACGGGUCUGUAUGGAGCUACCCAUCAACACUUCAGGUUUACCAUGGACUGCUGAGUUUCACUGUUCACUCCAAACCCAAGGUCCGUAAGGCGGCCCAGCAUGGCGUGUGUUCUGUCCUGAGGGGCAGUGACUUCAUGUUUGGAGACUCUGCUCCUUUAUACCAUCCUGCUGCUCAGUCAACGGCCAAAUUCUGCAUUAAGGAGAUGGAACAAGCUGGUGGCAAUAAAGAGGACACCACAGUCCUACACGUCCUGGGGCUCCUGAAGGAACUGCUGCCAUGCUUCCCACAUGGUGCUGUCAAGUCCUGCUGCGAGACGUUGCUCCGGGUUAUGACACUCAGUCAUGUGCUUGUGACAGCAGGUGCCAUGCAGGCUUUCCAUAAGCUAUUCAGUGCCAAACCAAACUCCUCCACAUUGCCUGCAGAACUCAAUGCACAGAUAAUUACGGCUCUGUAUGAUUACCUUCCCAGUGAAAAUGACCUGCAGCCACUGCUGGCGUGGCUGGCUGUAAUGGAAAAAGCACACACUCACCUGUCCAGUCUGCAGAUUUCGCUCUGUUUGGGUCACUUGCCCCGUUUCUUCACCGCUGCCAUGACUUGCUUUUUGUCUCCGCAUGUGCAAGUCGUUUCCACGGCAGCACAGACAUUAAAGACUUUACUGAAGGAGUGUGUUGCUCCGUGCGUGGCAGAGAUCGGGUCAAUCACAUCGACUGCUCCCGCAGGCAAUGCUGCUUACAUCUGUAAAGUAUUUCGACUGAUAGAAGAGGGUCUCACGUAUCGAUACUAUUCCUCCUGGCCCUUUGUAAUGCAAGUUCUCAGCUGCUUCUACCAGGUGGCAGGGAAGGAGGCGCACCCCAUCAUGGUAAAGAGUUUGCAGUCCUUGUGUGACCUGCGCUUGACGCCUCAGUUCCCUUUCUCAGGUGAGCUGGAUCAGACUGUGGGGUCUGCAGUAGAGAGCAUGGGCCCUGAAAUCGUCCUGAGAGCCGUACCUCUACAGAUCGACGGCAAUGAAGAUGAUCUUGAAUUUCCAAGGAGUUGGCUGAUACCUGUGAUCCGGGAUCGUGUUAAAAACACAGAGCUAGGAUUCUUCACCACAUACCUUCUGCCACUGGCAACUACUCUCAAAAAUAAAGCUGACGAGCUUAGUCAGGCAGGGCGAAACCUUGAGUCUAAGGUGUACAUGACUCUGCAUCUACAGAUCUGGUCCAUGCUGCCAGGGUUCUGUACGCAGCCCACUGAUCUGGCCACCUCUUUUAAAGGCAUUGCUCGGGUGCUCGGCAUGGUUAUCAGUGACCGACCUGACCUGAGGCUCACUGUCUGCCAUGCUAUACGGACACUGAUCAACAAGAGUAGUAAGAAGGAGGAGGAUCAUGCAGAAGUUGCCCGCUUUGCAAAAAAUUUCCUGCCCAUCUUGUUCAACGUUUAUACCCAACAGCCUGCUGUAGUGGACAGUGCUGCACUGAGGAUGCCUGUUCUGGACACCAUUAAGGUGUACCUGACGAUCACUGACCAGGAGAUGGUUUGUACAUUUCUGCAGAAAGCCACCGAGAAACUUUGCAGUCUGGAGAGCUCGGGCUUCACAAGGCUGGCGGUGAUGGACCUGAUAAUGGCGAUGGCUCCGUGUGUGGAUGAGUCCACAAUGACUAAAACCUUCGAGCUCGUUAAGCCCUAUCUGGCGAGCAAGGAAUCUGGAUUGCAGAAGAAGGCCUACCGUAUCCUGGAGGAGAUGUGCGGAGGGGAGAGGGAGCCGUGUCGUCAGUUUGUCCUCACAAACCUGGAGGAGCUGAAGCAGACGCUGCUCGGCUCUCUGAAGAGUGCUUCCUCUCCAGCCAAGAGGCCAAGACUUAAGUGCUUGAUCCAUAUUGUGAAACAUCUGAGUCCUGAACAUACUGGAUUCAUCACAGCUGUUCUCCCAGAGGUUAUGAUCUGCACCAAUGAGGUGGCUGUAGGUGCUCGGCGAAAUGCAUAUACCCUCCUGGUGGAGAUCGGCCGUGCAUUCAUACGCUUCUGUGGCAGCCAGAAAGAGGCAGUACUUCAAUACCUGGAACUGAUCUAUGCAGGAUUCACUGGAUCGGUAACAAUGAUCAGCUGCACUGUCCUGGCUCUGACUCGGCUUGUUUAUGAGUUUAAAGAUUCCUUGGAGCGCUCAGUUAUUGAACCGUUGCUUCGGAAUGUGUGUCUCCUGCUCAGCUCCAGAACACGAGAGGUGGUGAAGACAGCCCUCAGCUUUAUUAAAGUUAUUUUAUUUAUAAUGGAUGUUAAAAUGCUGGCGUCCCACAUGCCUCUAUUGAUGGAGGGAAUUGGAAACAUUAAAGAAGACAUGAGGCGGCAUUUCCGGACAAAACUAAAGAAUAUUUUCACCAAAUUCAUCCGCAAGUUUGGGUUUGAGUUGGUGAAAAACAUGCUUCCAGAGGAGUACCAUAAAGUGCUGGUUAAUAUCCGCAAGGUAGAAGCCAGGAACAAACAGAGGAAAAUCUUGAAGCAUGAUGCUGAUUCCGAGUCGGAGAAUGAGGAGGAUAUGUCAAAACCCAAAGGGGACAGUAUUGAAGACAUCCUGGCUGAUUCUGAGGAUGAGGAUGAGGAAGAGAAGAAGGGACGGGGAAGGAAGAAGCAGCCUGGACAGAAGGGAAGGGCGUGGCUAAAGGAGGGAGAGGGUGAUGAGCCGCUGAAUUUCCUGGAUCCCAUGGUUUCCCAGAGGGUUCUUGCCACAAAUCCAGAUGUAAAGAAGAACACAAAGGUCCGUCAUGAUUUCAAGUUGACUUCGGAUGGGCGUUUGAUUAUCCGCGAGGAAGCAGAUGACGACGAGAAAUCUAAAGGUGCAAAGGAGGAAAUGGAAGACAUACUGGAGGAAGCUGGUGUUAAGAGUAGAAAUCAGAAAAGAAAAUUCAAAGAGGGCAACUUGGAUGAGGACAUGGAGAUGGACCCACAAUUUCAGUAUAAAGCCGGGGGCUCUGGGAUUCAUCGACCGUUGUCUAAAAAAGGAGACUCUGGUGGACAGUACAAGGCAAAGAGUGGUAAAGGUGACAUAAAGAAGAAAGGUCAACAUGAUCCAUAUGCCUACAUCCCACUGAAAAAGGCUCAGCUGAACCGAAGGAAAAAAGCAAAACUGCAAGGUCAGUUCAAAGGGUUGGUUAGAGGAGCACAAAAAGGGGCUCGGACUGGAAGGAAAAUGCAGAGGAAGAGGAGGAAUGUGUAACUUCGGUCCAAGACAAAAUACAGGCCUUCGUAAUACCUUUUUAUGGACUCCACUCGGGAGCUUGGUUCAGUUAAAAUAGCAUGUUUCAAAGGGGCAACACUUUGUUCUAACAGACUGAUGUGAUGUACAGAUGCUAAGUGCUAGGCUGGAUUUCUGUGUUGGUCCUGGAUAGACGCACAGCAUGGCUUUUCAAUGUUUUGGUUGCGUUACACUAAGGGAUUGAACUGUUUGUUUUUCAUCUGAGAAUAAGCAAAAUCCAUAGACAUAUAUACAACUAAAAUAUUCCAGUUCUUCAGUGACAUUUUGUAUAAACAUAAUGUUUCACUUUCUGUCCUGUGGUGGUUGGUGGACCUUAGAAGUGUGUAUUUAUUUACCAUGAAAAAGCGUACUUACUUGUAAGAACCAGUUAAGCUUUAUUCUGCUAUGGACUAGAAAUUGAAUACAGGGUAACCUAUAAUGUUGUGCUGUGUGUGUCAAAUAUUGCCUUUUGUUUACUGCAAAUAAAAGAGAGUUGCAUCUUUUAAUGUUCAAAAAA